AUGGUGAGCACGCGACGCAAAGGGAAUGGCGAGAAGCCGGCGACGGAUGGGAAGGGAAAUGUGAAGCUGGACAGCGUGAUGCAGAGCAAAGGCGGUCGUGAUUCUGCCGAGGAGCAGCAGAAUUUAGGCAAGUCUGAGCAGAAGGUGGGAGCAAAACGACGGCAGGAGGAUGAAGAGCAGGAGGCUAAGCAGGAAAAGGCGCAAAAGAAACACUAUGGAGCGUCUGCCGCUUCUGAUGGACAUGCGAAUGCGACUGGAGACUCGCAAAAGGCGCAGGAGGUGCCGCAGCCUGCUCAGGAUGCUAAAUUGUCGCCGGGCAAGGAAGAUGCCGGCGCAGGACAGGACGACGCGCCUUGGGAGGUGCUGGAAAAGGGACAGUGAGCGAUGGGCGUAAAAGCCACAACAUGGCGUGACGCGCUUUGUGCUCAUGCCACUCCAUCGCCGUACCACACAGCGUCUUUUUCUUCUACAGACCCAAAGUCAAGAGUGCGCAUGAGGUGGACCAAUCGGGUAAAGCUGCCGAGUCUUUGGAUGAUGUUCAAAAUGCGCACAUGUGAGCGUCGGCUUUUGCGAUCUGGCGCCAGGUAGGGCACUUGAACCGAUGAUGUUGACUUUGCUGUUCUACCGCUUCUGCUCGCACUUGUCGCAUUCAGGCUGCUACUGCCCCACGCCAGUCGAUCCGAGACUGCUGGAGCAGAUGCUACCAAAGACUCUAACGGAUCCGACGUUCAGAGCGCGACAAAUGGUCAACAAAAUGCAGCUGCAGGUACGACGGGGGACAAGGCCAAGCAAGAUGGUGUCGGCUUCAGAGUGGUGCGGUUGGGAAAGAAGAGACUCCCAGCGCCCGAGGUGGCCAUCGCGAAUGGACAGCAGCCCGGUGGCAUUGGCGGCGACUCUAGCGAGACGUGAGUGCAUGGGAGCUUUUUCGAGGAGAGCGAAUCUCGUCGCUUUCUCAAUCUAUACUGAGCGGUCGAGCCCUUCGAUCUGCGCGCCACAGCGUGUGGUCAGUCGUUGCGGAUGUUGGGCCCGAUCCAGCUGUCCUAGCUGGCUCGAUGGGCGAGCAGCGGUACAAUACCAGGACGCAAGGCGAGAGGGUGGUAGGCCCGAGCAGACCAGCAGGACGUGGGUGGUACGCUCUCUCGCUUCACAAGUCUGAACCGCCCUCAUCGCGCCAAGUCAGACUAUCAUUCUCUAUUUCUCAUCCGUCUGAGGAUGAGUUUGGUAACGUUCAAUCUCAGCUCGGCCUGACGCCGAGCGGAAGCUUCAGCCUUUCCAUGAGGAACCCCACGUUGCCUUCUACGGGCGCUGGUGCUCCACCCGCAGGCUUGGAUGAAUCUGCUCGCGUGCAAAUGAGCGAAAAGGAGAUUCAGGACACGUUCGGAGGCGAUGCGGAGGGCAAUGGAACAAGAUACGCUAGGCCUGAACAGAUCGAGUUGUUGGACAGGGAAGGUGUAGAGUUGCUCCUGAUUCGCGAGGCUGCUCAGACCUCCAAGGGAGGCGCAAAGACGGGCACUGGCGAAGAGCAGGCCAAGGGUGAGUUUGGCAGUCUCCAGCAUUCUGCGCAGGCUGCAUGGUGCAGCGUGCGAGUCCAUUGAGCUCUUUGCUGAUGCCUGCUACUUCUUCCCACGACGCAGCUUUGAAAGAGCUUGCAAGUGAGUGGAGUGUGACGGAAAGGCCUUUGUGGCUCGUCAGGAGUAAGACUGUUGACCCCCUCGCUCCACCCUGCUCGUAAUGGUGCGAUCAGCUGCCGAUGCCGAUCGUCUUAGCACGCAUGAUGUGCUGGCACAGCUCAAAAUGACUGCGAAGAGUAACCCGCCAAACGCCUUGGAGGGGCAGUGGGUCUAG